AUGAUAUAUACUAUAAGUGAAGGCGGUACUACUGGUUCUUCUGAAUAUAGUGAUCAUUCAUCAGAUGGAAGUUCCAAAUAUUCAGAUAAGGGUGGAACUCCCAAAAUUAGGCAAUCAUAUAUAAAUAAUGCAACGUCAGUAGAAAAUAGGAAUACCCAACAGCCAUCAAUUGAUCAACAACUUUCAACUACCCCUCAAGUUAACACAAAUGCUAUAAAUUCACCAACAAUAAGAUACAAAUACAGUAAUACCAGUAUCAAAGACUCGAUAUUACACACGCAUGACCAUAGAAUUGAACAAAGAAGAAGUCCAUAUCUUAUAGAGGUAGAUGACAGGUAUGUUCCGAAUCUAAGUACUGAACAUCUAAGUAGUACGGGGACUGUUUCUACUUCCAUGCUAUUAGAUGAAAGCCAUAGCAGAAGAACUUCCAUAACGAACUCAACACACCAGUCAAGAUUUUCGUUACCAUCUCAUGGCAGAAGACCAUCUGUAUUAUCUACAAAGAAUAAUCUUGGCCAUAGUUCAACUCAUAGCCGAGAACUUGCAUCCUUAAAGAUUGAUGCUAGCAACCUUACCAAACCUGAAAAUGCAUACAGCAAGAAUAACAAUUCAUCCUCAAGUGGGUCGUCGUACCGAUAUGACGAUACUUUAGAGCCUGACAUCGAAGAGGCAGUCGCCCUUUUAAGGCGGGAGAUGGGCACUGCGACACCAAGAGUUAGUUAUGUUACUACUUUUCCAAAUAAUAACCAUAACCUUUCAACACCAACUAGUUCACAAGAUCCUGAUUCAACUGGAGGUAUUACUAUUGGUACUUCGUAUUUAAAGGGAUUUGAAGGACACGAUGUUGAAAUUGACGAAUACAAUCCUAAGGAGUCUAUAAUCGGUUCAGCAAUGCCAGUUGCUAGAAGUAUGGCUGGUGCUAAAAGACCAAUAUUAAAAGAAGUUUCACCUAAAAAUAAUUCUCCUCAAGGUUUCAAGAACUAUUCAUCGUAUGAUGAAAAAAAUCUUGCGGAUGUAUCAAGAGAUGAUACCUUUGAUGAAUGGAGUUUACCUAACUUAUCAUUUGGUGAAUUUACUGACAAUCAAAUUGAUCAAACAAUUGAUAUAUUAGAUACUUAUCGUCGAAGUAUGUUUACAACUCCUAAAAUUUUAGAUAACGAAUAUCAAACAAGAUAUAAAAACGAAUUAUUAUUUGAUCAAUAUUAUUCAGAUAAUAAUCAAUCUCCACUUCCAAUUCAACACAUUGACUCUAACUCAUUGUAUUCAUAUGAUUCUAAAACACAAGGGUUUUUUGAAAUUUAUAGUAAAUGGAGGUUUGCAUUAGUAUUAACAUGCUGUAUAUUCGUUCCACCAUUAUUCUUCAUGAUAGCCUAUGGUAAGGGAGAAAAUGCUAUGAUUUCGGAUUAUAGACUGCUGAGAAUGCUAAUGAAUUCAAAUCAUAGAAUAAAUAUCUUAAAAGGAUUUAUUUGGGACGUAGAUGUCAGUUGGAUAAGAAGAGCAUUUUUAUACCUGGGCUUAUUGGAAACAGCUUUAAUUUUAGCUUGCAUUGGUAUCGGUUUUGGUGUAGGUUUAACACGUUAG